AUGCCCCGCGACGACGACUUCUAUGUGCGCUAUUACGUUGGCCAUCGCGGCAAGUUUGGCCAUGAGUUUAUGGAGUUCGAGUUUCGUGCCGACGGAAAGCUUCGUUACGCCAACAAUUCUAACUACAAGAAAGAUUCUAUGAUCCGCAAAGAAGUGACGGUAUCUCAGUCGGUGAUCAACGAGGUAAAGCGGAUCAUCAGCGAGAGUGAAAUCACAAAAGAAAACGACAAGGAUUGGCCUGAGCCAGAUCGAGUAGGACGGCAGGAGCUGGAGGUAGUGCUGGAUGACGAUCACAUUUCUUUCACGUGCGCAAAAAUUGGCUCGCUGCUGGACGUACAAGACAGUAAGGACCCAGAGGGUCUCCGCGUGCUGUACUACCUGGUCCAGGAUCUCAAGUGUCUCGUGUUCUCCUUGAUCACAUUGCACUUCAAGAUCAAACCCAUUCCAUAG